UCCCGGCAUUAAUUAAUUACGAAUCUUGUGAACUGCGACCGACAUAUGAAUUAAUGUUAACAAAUAUAUGCACCGUUUCUUAAUUAAUACUAGCAAAUACAUGCACCUUUUCUUAACUCAGGAAGUUUUUAAGUACUAACGUAGUAGUUUCCUUUAAAAUGGCUGCGACCUUAGCAGGACGUGUGUUAUUUCUUUGCAAACAGUUUUCAAAUGUUUUGCGUUUAGAUUGUGUUGUUUCAGAGCACGUAUGUAAACAAGCGUAUGGCAGAAUACAACCAACUGCAUUUAGGUCAGACAUCUCUCAGGGUAAAAAAAGCAACUUGAACACUCUGUCUGGUCUACAGUGCAGGGAUUUUCAUACAGGUACCUCACAUAAUGGACUAGAAGAAUUUUUUGAUGAUCCAAAGAACUGGGGUGAAACUACAGUUAAAUCAGGUGCUCCAUGGACUGCAAAACUUUUGAGAACUAAAAGCAACGAAGACUUGCAUAAACUUUGGUAUGUCCUUCUUAAAGAAAUGAACAUGCUAUUGACUUUGCAGCAAGAAGCCAAGAGGCAGAGGUUACCAAUGCCUAGCCCAGAGCGUUUACGCAAGGUGGAGCGUUCGAUGACAAGAUUGGAUACAAUAAUUGCAGAACGUGAAACUGCACUACGAUUGCUACAAACUGGCCAAGAAAGACCACGGCCUGGUGACUGGAGAAAAGACAUAUUUGGACGUACUUACUGGUAUAAAUACAAAGAAUGGCCUAUACCUUGGUAUUUGAACAGAAGACACAUGAAGAGAAGGUUCACAGCAUUGCCAUUUGUUGACCAUUAUGUCAGACUUAUGACGGAACAGCGUUUGCGAAAUGGAGCUAGGCGAAGAAAGCGAGAAAAAGAAAAUGCUAAAAAACUGCAAGAAAAGUUCCCACAUCUUUCUGAAAAAGUUAAAAUUGUUUCUGGAGAGAGUUAGUCCCAUUUCUUUCUACAUCCCGAAAAAAUACAAUACUGCUGUAUACAACAGCGAGCACUGCAGUUAACACAUGCAGUUCAUUUUGAAAUAAAAAUAUAAGUUAUACUUUUUUAUUUUUUUCAACAUUGUAAGAUGUAGUACAGCCUGUGAAUAUACCAGUGUUCUCUCUUGCAGCUGUUAAACAUUUGAGUCGAUCUGAAGCAGUCCUAGAAAAGGAAACUUAAUCUCUUUUAUAUUGAGAGGCAAUACAUAGUCUUUUCCUCCACUUUUUUUGAGCAGAAGAUUUGUCUGCUGCUUCAGGAGUACAAAUUGGAUUGUUUUCAAACAAUAUUGCAUACUUAUUAAGUUUGAUGUUAAAUGCAGAAAAAUUUAAUGUUCCAGUGUUGCAAAGAACCACAAAAAUGUCUGUGGUAGUACACUGUCACAAUGUAGGACAUUUCUGCUGUGUUUUACAUAGCCUUUUGAAUGUAAAUUGAACUCUGUUGCCAAACUGGUAAUAGAGGCUGAAUUUCCAUAUGUGAUGGCUGGUGACCUAAGUUCAAGAACAGACCCAUUGCUGCUGGAUGGCUAACUUAACUAGAGUAAAAGUAAAGGCAGUUGACACAAGGAUCAUUUCCUGUUUAGUAGUCCUGUGGUCACAAGGAGGCAGCUUAUCAAUACAUCUACCGGGAGAAUGGUAUGGAGGAGAAAUGAGCCUUGCCUGCUUGUAUACUAGAUCAUCCCGUGUCAGUCUCUUGCUGCUCUGAAAACCACCCCAGCUUCAGCCUGACUGUUCUGAUUGUGGGCACGUAAGGUCAUUAGCAGAUAUCCAUUAAGGGUGUUCCAACAGGGUGGUAGCUACCUCCAUGUGAAUGUUCUAUGCGUAUAGUCUAUCCAUGAUAGCUACAGGAUUAGGAAAUGGGCAGCUAUAACUGACGACUGUACAUUUGGUGCUGGUUCCUGUGGGGGAAGUAUAAAACAUAGUAAAAAUUAUAAUCCUGUGUCUGUGUUGCUGUUAGUCCUUUUCUCUGUAGCUGAUUUUUUUUUCAUUACUAGUACUUGGAACCAAAAUAAUGAAGAUGCACUAAGCUACAAAAUAGUCGUACAUAAUUAUGUUGAAAAAACCCUAGUUGACUUGAGUGACAGCAGAUUUUAAGUAAAACAAAAUUGUUUUCUUUUAAUACCGAAGUAUUUAUUGUAGCUCUGAAGACGGAUUGUUCAGAUUAAAAUUGCAUCUUUCUUCUGAA